GCUGGAUCUGCGAGUGUAAACUGUACCCGAGUAGCGGAGGCACCACAUCAAAGCAGCACACAACGAAUCCUUUCAACGAGAAAAGAUCUUUUUAUGUACAGGGUGGGAUGUGUAUGUGGGUAUUAUCUGGAAGACUGGACCAUAUGUUCUAAGAGCUGGAUUUUAAAUUCCGUGCCAGCGUCAUUUGACUACUGACUCACUGAAGUGCCUGCUACUCUCUUCUGUUGUCAUGGCCUCCACACCUCCUCCUCUCAUGAAGAAACACAGUCAGACUGAUCUUGUGAGUCGCCUCAAGUCUCGCAAGGUCCUGGGUGUCGGCGGUGAGGAUGAUGACGGGGAGGUGCACAGGUCGAAGAUCAGUCAGAUGUUGGGUAAUGAGACAAAGUUUGCAGGACGUGAGCCCUUUGGCCUCCGAUUUUGGCUCCUCACCUCUGCUCUGCUGUUUACAUCCACAUCUUUAAUGGCCCUGGCCUUCCCCAACCAACUGUAUGAGAUCAUAUUUGAGCUCACCACCACCAGGAUCUCUAUUAGACUCUAUGGAGGAGCUCUUCUGUGUAUCUCAUUAAUCUUAUGGAAUGGCUUGUACACAGCAGAAAAGGUCAUAAUUCAGUGGACACUCCUCACAGAAGCAUGUUACUUUGGGGUACAAUUUCUUGUGACAUCCAUCACCCUCCUGGAGAUGGGCAACCUGUCCAACAGUGCAAUUUUUCUUCUUUUUGGUGAAAUUGUCUUCCUUCUCGUGACCUUGAGUUACUAUCAUCACCUCGGCCGUCGCACAAAAAAGAUCUGAGGGAGGCUGAUUACUCUGUUUCAGUUUUCAGAAGGAAUCUUAUGUUAGAACGGUGAGUUGGCACCACAGAGUUCUCUGAGUACAGUAGCUCCACUGCCAGGACCAAAUGAAUUUAUACGUCACCGAGAAACACUCUUUCUCUGUGGACCUUAUGUAAGUACCAUGUUAGUGUAUUUAUUCUCAUUGGAUAUGGAAAGACUUAGGUCUUGACCAUUGUUUUCAGACGUUACAUUGAGUUCACCAAAGUGGCAAAAUAUCUGAAAAAUGUUGUCUGUUUAUAAAAGCUUUUCGAAAAUGUGUUGUGGGAAAAGAAAUGGAAUCGUCUCCCAGAUCUAUAAAGUUGAAAAGAUGACAGUUUGGGUCAUUUUAGUUUAGUGAACUUCCAGUAUGUGAUGUUAUAAUCUGUUAUGAAUAUAUCUGUUUUAGCAUCCACACAGUUGAUAUGACACUUACUUCUUUACGUAUUUUAUAUAACAACGUACAGAAACCAAUAAUGCUAAACUAUAGGAUUUUUAUGGCCGAGCUCACCAGUGUGUUGUUUUCUUCUCUGAAUGUUGCUUUGGCCAUUCUUAAUGAUGCUGGAAUGGAUUUGUUGUGUUUUUGAUAUCUAACUAUGGUCGGUUUCAUUUGCAUGGAGAUCUCCGUGAACCACAUGAUGUGGGUUCACAUCAAUAGCUUCCAAAUGCAAACACCACACAUUGAAUCAACUCCCACCUUUUAACAUGCUUAAUGCUUAAAAGCCCAUACCAUGAAUAAAACAGCUUUUGAAUCAACUGUCCAAUUACUUUUGGUCCCUUGAAAAAAAUGGGGGACUACAUAUUUAAGAGCUUUAAUUCCUAAACCCUUCAGCUGAUCUGGAUGGGAACAAACUCAAAAUAAAAAAAUCAAUUAAAAUUGGGAAAUUAAAUUAGAACCCAAAAUAGUUGAAGACAUUUACAUUGUGUUUUAAACAUCCAUAAAGUAUUUUCAUUACGUAAUGGUUUUUGCCUAUGAAGUUAUUACUAAUUGUAAAUUCAUGCCAAAGUGGUAAAUAUGAUUUUGCAAAUAAAUUGCUUAUUUUGAACUAAGGAACCCCUGUUGUGACAUGGUAAGGAUGUAGCAUUUAAUAGUAUUUUAAAGGCUUUAUCUUUAACUGUAGCUUAUUAGUUGUUUACACCACAGAAACUGACGUAAUAAAUGCAGUGUAUUACUUCGGUCAUCUCUUCUUUUAUAACAGAUUAAAACACAUACAUAACUGAUAAAUGUUAAACAGGCAACAGACAUCUCGCCUUCAGGUCAGUCAGACCAAGUUAAUAUUUUGUGUGAUAAUUCAUAUGCAUAUUGAUAACAAUUUUUUUAUCUCACAGUUCAGAUAAAAUUAAUAUUCUGUUGUCAUUUACUCACCCUCAUUUCAUUCUUAACCUUUGUGUAAUUUAAAUAAAAAAUCACCCAUAAAAAGCAUCACAAAAGUAGUCAAUUUGACCUGUGCUCAAGAUGUUUUUAAUUUUAAUACAUCCUCUAAAAUCGAAAGCCGUCAAAUGUGACAUGUUUCAUUUUUGGGAACGAUUUUCAUUUUAGAGCUAUCAUUAUGCAUAACAAUUAACUACAUUUUAAUCUGUAUUCUGUAUGUAGUAGGAUGUAGAGUGUUCCUAUAGUAAUCCUUGCAUGAUGUCAUAAUGCAAAUGGACAGUAGCUUCAAAAUGUAGCAUUUUUUUAACAUAUUAUAUGUCCUGGAGUGAGAUGGUCAGUGAUGGGAAAUUCUGUUCAAGUGUUAAUUUAAAAAGUUUUAAUUUAGCAUGUUAAAUAUCUAUUCACCUCUUGUAAUCAUCAUGAAAUAGCUUUCUGUUCACAUUUUGCAGCUCUUACUAGCCUACAGGCAUGACUAUGUCUGCAUUGCAACAUAUGGGCUUACAUCUUCUAGUGCUAUAUAUGCUCAUAUAAGUAGUAAAAAUUGUUUCUAUUAUAUUAUAUUUAGUAUUUUUAUUAUAUUAUUUACAAUUAAAAUUCUGGUGUCAUUGCUUAUAAUAUGCUUUUAUAUAAUACCUAUCAUUAGAAAUGUUAGGUCAUAUGACAAUGCCCAUAGAUAUCACCUACUGGUGAAGUUUGAUGUAAAUGCUACAAAUGAUGUCAAAAUCUGAAAAAUUUAGCACAGAUAGUUUCAUGCCAUUAGGUUUUAUGAAAGGACACUAUAAAGUACAUUGCAUGCGUUGGAAAUAACAUGUUGAACAGUAGCCAACGUUAGUUUAGGGGUGGUGUCAUUUACCCUUUUUUCAUUGGAUAUUAACCCGCAGUGCAUCAGAAAGAAACUGUUGUUUGGUUAAAAUAAAUAUGUUUUUUUUUUUAUGUACACAAGCUGUUAAGUGGCAAUCAGUUUAUUAUCAAAACAAUGGAGUAUAUGAUUUAAUCGUACAGUUAAAACACAGUUUUUCACAAGACUUGCUAUAUUUAUGUUACUUUUUGCUUGCAAGUAUUUCAAAGAUUUGGGAAUGUGUUUAACAACUGUAAAUUAGGAACUUUACUUUUUAUUUGUUUAUUCUGUUAAAUUAUUUGAUAUGAAGAAAGAUUAUUGUAAUGGCAAGUCAAAGAAUUCCAGUUAAUCUUUUUUUAUUGUUUUAGAAAACUCAAGACCUAUGUUGACUUUUUACAGAGAAACGGUGAUUGUGCUUAAUGAAUAA